AGAGGUCAACUUUUCGAAAGUAAUUAGAAAGCUGUUUUGCCGGAUUGCAUCCCCUCCCCCCUUCCCCUCUUUCUGCUGCUCUGAAAGCCUUUCUCAAUUGUCAACUACAAAUGCCACAAGUUAACAUAUUUCAAGCAUGCUGUACGAUUCUGCUAUUUGUGACGCCAUCGGCAACUAUUUCACUUUCACAGUGCCUGUGUCCAUGGCGUGAUAUUUACGAUCACCAUCUCUGCCCUACAAACGGAACCUGCAACCUAGAAAUUAAAAAUGCAAUUAUAUUUACACGUCCGCCUUUGUGUCCAAUGAUUAUAAAUUGCGACUCCUGGGCACGGUUUUAUAAAAAAACCCAAUACGUACGGUUUCAAUUCUCUGAUGGCACAGACCUUCACGUAGAACUUGAUAGCAUUCACCAGAGUGAUAUCCAGUGCAUCAAUGGUCAAUGGCUUUAUGUGGUUAUUGGCAGUCCGGCGUACUAUAAAACACUGCGUCAUCUCGUCUGCUACAUCGCAAAGCGCACAUGAUGCCUUGGCAAUUUAUGAAGGAGAUCAUAUAAACAGAUCACUGAUUCCAAUUUUUGGCUUCUUUAUCAUACUAUAGUAAUGCUCUUUGUGUAUGCAUAAAAGAUGGUCAG